CAACUGCAGGUAUUUUUACUGACACACCAUCUCAUCCAUGUGCUCACCUAACUGGAGCAGUUGUGCCUACUCAUUGUUGACAAAAAAUCGAUCCUCUGCGUAGCCACAUCAUUCACUGUGCCUUCCCCAUCAAACACCAUUGAUUGCCAUAGGAACUACUGCUAACCAUGGAGCAUUAGCAGGAUUUUCUGUCGGGGUUUACUCCCUUAGCUCCGUUGUGUUUAGCCGCAGGUACAACCUACGUUUCCAGUGUCACCUUGGGGAGGAUGUGGCUCUUCACCACGCACAACGGGCACUGACUAUAGAGAGGCUGAGUGGCCAGUUCUUGAGUGGCCAUGUAUUGUGCGUCACAUAGCCCUGGGGUGCAUGAGGACCAGUCUGAGAAAACUCAGGAAAGAUUCAGUGCUACUCCACCACCACACGCACCACCAUGUCACCAUUGCAGAAGAGCCCUUAUGGUGAUUUUCUUCACUUUGACUCAGCCCCUGACACCGUCACAGUCAACUCCAGUGUGCAGAUGUCGUAUACCUGCUCCAAGCCCUGCAGAGUGGGGCUCGAGAUUGUGCUUUCCACAUCAAAAACGGUUGGACUCAUGACCUUUAGGAGAUCAUGGACUCAUGUCAAACAACUUAAAAAUAUUAGAACAAGGACGAUUCAUCUCACUUUCCCUCCUGCUAUGGUGUAUAAGAGAGACUUUUUCUUCAGGCGGACAGUGGAAGCCCGUGAUGUGAUGCUUAGAGCCUGGCUGGCGUAUCUGGAUGGAGAAGAAAGCAGUAGCAGCCACGCUGGAGUCAGUCAGUAUGAGCAAUCCAUAGUGAGAAUGUUUAAAACUCUGCAGACGGUUCCGCCCUCAGAACGUCCUGCCAAAUCAACGAACAGAUGCGUUUCGUGGGAGGUGGAGCUGAUGUGGAAUCGGACCAAAGACAGAAUAGAGAAGUGUGCUCCUGACGCAGAUGUAGUGAAACUCCUGACGUUCCCUUUUGCAAGCACUGGAGAGAAAUAUGGAGUCAUCAGGACGUUUCCAGCCUUCACCAACAAAGAGCUGGAGAUUGCGAGCCUGCAUGCUCGAGAGAAACCCAGACUGACCGUCUCGGUGUGGUUGUAUUUGCUAAACUGGUGCAGGGAAAAGCUCUGUGGCAUCAUCAGGCAUGUGAACGAGCAGAGAAACUACGCAACUCCUCUCCUAUUGCUGAGCAAUACAGGUAACAUCGUGGUCCAGGUGUGUUUGACCUCAAGAGUGGAACGAGCAUUCACAGCUCACGCAAAUAUCCCUCUCCGGACCUGGAUCCGGGUGGACCUUUUCAUCCAGACCUCAGAGGUGAAGCUGUUAAUCAUGCAGGCUGGCUCUGAAGAUCACUUCAUGGAAGCCAUAUACAGUUUUCAGGAUGCUAUUCUGUAUAAUGACACUUCAGGAUACUUUGUGAUUGGUGGUGGAAUCUACAUGCCAGGAAUUCAUGGUUAUUUUGGACCAAUGAAAUAUUACCGCUUAGGUUCUGAAACGGUGGUGAACCCACUGACUCCAGAGAGAACACUGAAGGAACUGAACGAAGCCCACAUACAGUGUGAAGAUGUUAAACAGGUCACUGAAGGCUACAUAAAAGCUCUACAAGACAGCAGAGCUAGUCUCGCCAAUGAUGUGUGUGUAUCAUAUUAUGAGUGGUUAAGGAGGACAUUUGUCCAGACGAGGUGCAUGCAGAUGUGGUCCUGGGACCAUCAGUUGAAAUACAGUGCUGCACUGAAGAUACUGAGAAGGCAUGAGGAAGAACUGAUGUCAGGCCCAUGGAGCAGCAAGAAAGCAUCACUCUUUGGCCAGCGCCUCUACCAAGAUGUGGUAAAGAGGUUAGCCGAUGCUGGUUUGGGAGACAUCGAUAACUCCUUAAUAGAGCUGCUACAGCUGUGCUCCUGCUGGGGUCAUCACCGGGCUUCUCUCAUGCUCGCUACUUUACACCUGUCAGGUCUCGGAGUGCCAGCGGACCAGGAGAAGGGCCAUGUGUAUAGCCUGAUGGGCGGAGUACUAGACGAGCGUUUGGCUCUGCUGCAUUUGGGCUACAAGCACAUGCAGGGUCUGGACGGCUUCCCUAAGGACCAGGACAUGGCAAACGGCUACUAUACCAACAUGGGAAAGCAGACCAGCAUCGACCAUGAAAAAGUCCAGGACUUGGAGCAAUCCCUCAUUGAGCAUGUGCACUUAACCAACCCCGCGGAUCUUCAGAUGCAAGCGGGCGAGUCCGAUGAGAUCAUACAGUUUCUCAAACACCAGGCUGAGAGAGGAGCUGUCGAGUCCCAGAAAACACUGGCGCGGAUGUCAUUCUUUGGCAGUAACGGCAUGGUGAAGGACCUCAGCACAGCUCUGAAGUGGUACACCAAGAGUGCAAUGCAGAUGACCGACGCUUCAGCCAUGUACGACUACGCCAUCCUGCUGCUAAAGGGAAUUGGAGUAAAGAAGAACAAAACCCUGGCAGUAACACUCCUGGAGAAGGCUGCUGACAUGGGCUACGUGGAUGCUCUGAACGCUCUGGGAUGGUACUAUGGCAUUAUGGGAGGAAACAAAAGAAAGGCCGCAUACUACUUUGAUCUGGCUGCUCGUAAUGGCAGUCGAGACGGUCUGUUUAACCUGGGCGUGUAUCACCUGAAUGGCGCUGUCCCAGACUUGCUGGGUCAGAACGAGACAGCUGCGUUUCAGUGUUUUCUGAAGGCGGGUGAGCUGGGUCAUAUGGACGCCGCAGUGGAGGCUGCAUCAUGUCUCUUGAGAGGACACUUACCAGGCGUACGCAGAGAUCCUGAGAAAGCCAUAACUCUACUGAAGCCGCUCAGUGAGAGAAACGGCCACCUGGGCUUCACCGUCCGAGACGCUCUGAAAGCAUUUCAGCUCGGGUCAUGGGAUGAGGCCUUGUUGAAAUAUGCGAUGCUCGCCGAAACUGGCUUUGUUGUGGCGCAGAUCAACGCCGCUCACCUCUGUGAGGUGUUGAAGCACAAUUCUGCCUGCCAGUGGAGGUAUCAUAACCACUCCAUCUAUAACCAUGCUCCACACGAAUCAGGUCUGCUGAAGAUGGGAGACCACUACAGUGCUUUAGGUGACAUGGUAAAGGCUGUAGCGCUAUAUAGCAGAGCAGCAAUGAGAGGCAGUGCUCAGGGUAUGUAUAACCUGGCAGUUUUGACCGAGGAAGGACACAACAUCCCCACAAACAUCCUGGAGCAAAUGAAGAUCUCGACUGAGCCUCAGCUCAACAAGAAUGCCGUGGUGGAGAAACUGUUACUCAGGUGUAGGGAGCUGGAGAGUAAGGAAGAGGAAGUGAGUCCAUGCUCUCUGGCUCUGUUUGGACUGCGUGUGGCCAGAACAUGGCACAGCUUCACCCGCAGCACCGUCCACCUCGUACUGACCCUCACUCCUCUCAUCAUGUUAGUGCUCGCCGUCGUGAUACAAAGUGCGCUUGCUCACUACUCUGCAGCUCUUCCACACAGUAUUACUAACCAAUCAUCCCGGCAGGGAAGUGAAGCACCUCGCCUCAGCCAAGUCAGAGGAAGUGACUCAGACACUGCUGCAAAUCAGGAAGGACCCUCAAGAGUCACUCGAGUUGUGCAGAUUGGUCAAACCUAUUUGACCCAACAUGUCCGAUCCCUGCAGGAGGCAGCUGAUUUGGUCAUCACGGCAACUGGAGUGUGCGUGUGUGUCUUGUGCACAAUGUUUGUCUCUCAUCUGCUUUAACGGUAUAGACGAACAAUGCAAAUGUGAAGGAAAAAGAUUUUAAACAUUCCAAAAGACCAACAAGCACAAUAUCAGUGCACAGAUCAUUAACACACAGCACGUGAUGCUAACUGGUCCUUGGGUAAAAUAACCGAGCCAUUGUUUUUUACAUUUUUAUUUUUAUUACACUGUACAAAAGAAA